GUUAUGCAUAUUAAAGAGGCAACAAGAUGGAAUUAAGUUCAAAAUUAAAAUAUGUUAUGAUAUGGAAAGCUUUGAUUCUGAUGGCUACCUGCGGAAAUUGCGAUCAAGUUCAGCUUCCAAUUGUGGACAUUAAAAUGGAAGAGGCCGGCAUGCAUCGCACUAUCACAUACACCGUACAGUUCCAUCCUUCUUUGGUGGACAAGGAUUGCAAAUAUAUACUGAAACAGUCACUUCCUGCCGCUGUCUUCGUAAGCACAGAUGAAUUAGACGACUUGCAACGUUUGAAUAAGCUAGUUGCCGUUUACCCUAAAUUCGUGGACAUUGAACAACCAACGGAGAAGGCCAAUGCCUUUACAGUUUUGUUGCGCGGCUCACCAAAGAUUACGGACACACUUACCUUGCCGAUACAUUUUCGUUAUCACGCACCAAGUGAUAAUAGCUCCUAUGCUUCGGUGGUUAUUGAUACACCUGUACUUUACGCCAACUGUCCAGCAACUCAGCGUGGGCUUAUGAAAAAUGAGUUACUUGUACAGCCAGAUAAGUUAUUCUGCCUUAAUUAUGAGAUAAUUAGCUUCGAAGAGAAUUUAGCCAGGGAAGAAAAAGACACCGAACAAUGCAGUUGGAAACAAUUGCACGCAGACUAUCAGCCAAAAUCGGCUUUAAGAGCCGAAAUUCCAGUGGGAAAUAGCAGAGCCUUUCCACCAAUUCUGUAUGCCACAAUCACGCUCAGUUGGGCACUAUCGAUUUGGACAGUGAUCAGGACUAGGUCAGUGCCACGUCGCAUUAACUAUAGAUUGAAUGAUCAGCGACUGUUGCAGCAGAAAGUGAAGUAAUUAUUUGGGUAUGCAUAUUGUUAGAUAAAUCGUAGUGACGUGUAAUCAAAUGAGUUGAGGCUGACUGGUACUUGUUAGGGUUUAUCAUGGGCAAAUGACGUUUUCGUUAGAAAAUGCAGUGUUUGUGUCAUAAACACUGAUUCAUGUGAAAGACGCAGUGCAAGAUAAAACUGUGUAUAUAACUUUUGUAUAUUAUUUUUAUUUCAAGUAUGCGAGCUGUCUGAUAACUAAGAAGUCUGUUAACCUAACAAUUGUCUGAACAGACAGUAAGUCAUCUACUGACACAUGCUAUUGUUUUAACAGUAUUAGGUCUAAGCCGCAUGUCAAUCAUGAAAGGCACACAAGCGACAGAUAAAGGGGCACAUGCUUCGUAUGACUAUAUUAGCCAUUGUAAAAUGUAAAUUCUUUGUAAACAGGGAAUCAUAUCAUAAUUUUUGUUGUAGUUUAAUCAUAUCACUUUUAAUGCAUUAUGCGUACAUAAAAUCUUACAACUAAAUUUCCGACACACGGCAAGUAAACUAAACUGUGUGUCCGCAAAA